CCGUCUCUGCUCCUCCCACUCCCUCAACCGAUCCUGCCGUGACGCCUCCAUUGUGUGCGCAGCGGCUCCCGGCGACUGUUGUAUCCGGCCGGCGCCUUUUUCUCCUCCUCCUCCCUUCCCCCUCCCCCUUUCCCGUAGAAACUGCCGGGGCCGCCGCCGCCUCUUUCCCGCCGCCCCUCCCGCUUCUCCUUCCCCUUCAGCCGGGCCCCCCGCCUCGCCGGCUCAUCGUCGGUGUCUCCCCCUCCCUUUCACUCGAUGACGCGAUGGCAACGGCCAACUUCGGCAAGAUCCAGAUAGGGAUCUACGUGGAGAUCAAGCGCAGCGAUGGCCGAAUACAUGAAGCUAUGGUAACAUCUCUAAAUGAGGAUAAUGAAAGUGUUACUGUAGAGUGGAUUGAAAAUGGUGAUACAAAAGGAAAAGAGAUUGACUUGGAGAGUAUAUUUUCGCUUAACCCAGACCUAGCUCCUGAAGAAGAAGAUCCUAGCCCAGAGACUCCUCCACCUCCCACACCUUCAGCAAAAGUAAACAAAAUUGUGAAGAAUCGAAGGACUGUGGCUCCUUCUAAAAUUGAAGCUCCUGCUAGAGACAACAGAGUGAUCGGUUCUGCACGUGCACGACCUACUCAGCUGCCUGAACAGUCUUCAUCUACACAACAGAAUGGUAGUGUUUCAGAUAUAUCUCCAGUUCAAGCUGCAAAAAAGGAAUUUGGACCCCCUUCACGUAGAAAAUCAAAUUGUGUGAAAGAAGUUGAAAAAUUGCAAGAAAAGCGCGAAAAACGAAGAUUACAGCAACAGGAAAUCAGAGAGAAACGAGCACAGGAUGUAGAUGCCACAAAUCCUAAUUAUGAAAUCAUGUGUAUGAUCAGAGAUUUCAGAGGAAGUCUGGAUUAUAGACCACUAACAACUGCAGAUCCUAUUGAUGAGCACAGGAUAUGUGUAUGUGUUCGAAAACGACCACUCAAUAAAAAAGAAACUGUAAUGAAAGAUCUUGAUGUCAUAACAAUUCCAAGCAAAGAUGUUGUGAUGGUACAUGAACCUAAGCAAAAAGUAGAUUUAACAAGGUACUUAGAAAACCAAACGUUCCGAUUUGACUAUGCCUUUGACGACAGCGCCCCUAAUGAAAUGGUCUACAGGUUUACUGCAAGACCACUAGUGGAAACCAUAUUUGAAAGAGGAAUGGCCACAUGUUUUGCAUAUGGACAAACAGGCAGUGGAAAGACCCAUACUAUGGGUGGUGACUUUUCAGGAAAGAACCAAGACUGUUCAAAAGGAAUUUAUGCACUAGCUGCUAGAGAUGUCUUUUUAAUGUUGAAGAAGCCAAACUAUAAAAAACUGGAACUUCAAGUAUAUGCAACGUUUUUCGAGAUUUAUAGUGGAAAGGUUUUCGACUUACUGAACAGGAAGACCAAAUUAAGAGUUUUAGAAGAUGGUAAACAGCAAGUCCAGGUGGUGGGAUUGCAGGAGCGAGAGGUUAAAUGUGUUGAAGAUGUACUAAAACUUAUUGAGAUAGGCAACAGUUGCAGAACAUCUGGCCAAACAUCUGCAAAUGCACACUCAUCUCGAAGUCAUGCAGUGUUUCAGAUCAUCCUCCGGAGAAAAGGGAAACUGCAUGGUAAAUUUUCCCUAAUUGACUUGGCUGGAAAUGAAAGAGGAGCUGAUACUUCCAGUGCAGAUAGGCAAACACGACUAGAAGGUGCUGAAAUUAACAAGAGCCUUUUAGCACUCAAGGAGUGCAUCAGAGCCUUAGGCCGAAAUAAACCUCACACUCCAUUUAGAGCAAGUAAACUUACUCAGGUCUUAAGAGAUUCAUUCAUUGGAGAAAACUCUCGUACCUGUAUGAUUGCUACUAUUUCUCCAGGGAUGGCAUCUUGUGAAAACACUCUAAAUACACUAAGAUAUGCAAAUAGAGUAAAGGAAUUUGGAAUUAGUCCUUCGGACAUUCCCUUCUCACAGGGUAGUGGCAGUCGCUCUGAUCUCUCUCCUUCCUAUGAGUAUGACGACUUUUCUCCUUCAAUCACCAGAGUCAAGGAACUAACGGUUGAUCCCAGUGCUGCUGGUGACAUCCGUCCCAUCAUGCAUCACACUCCAAAUCAGAUUGAUGACUUGGAUGCGCAGUGGGGUGUUGGGAGCUCACCUCAGAGAGAUGAUCUUAAACUACUUUGUGAACAAAAUGAGGAAGAAGUUUCACCACAGUUGUUUACUUUUCAUGAAGCAGUGUCACAGAUGGUGGAAAUGGAAGAGCAAGUAGUAGAAGACCACAGAGCUGUCUUCCAGGAAUCAAUUAGAUGGUUAGAAGAUGAAAAAGCUCUCCUGGAAAUGACAGAAGAAGUAGACUAUGAUGUAGAUUCGUAUGCUACACAACUUGAAGCAAUUCUAGAACAAAAAAUUUAUAUUUUGACUGAACUUCGAGAUAAAGUGAAGUCCUUUCGCACAGCACUACAAGAAGAAGAACAGGCCAGUAAGCAAAUCAAUCCGAAGAGACCACGUGCCCUUUGAGGCAAACUUCUGCUGCUAAAAGAUGCCUGAAUCUUCAUUGCUAUACCAUGAAGCUGGUUGGAAAUGAAGUAGUAAGAAGUCUCAACUACUUGAAAGAUCUAAAACUUUUGAAGUGUCUAUAGAAAUGUUCCACUUCUUCCUCCCCCGGCCGACAUUUCAGUUGUGUGGACUGCUCCUGAAUGUCUGGAAAAUGCAUCUAGACCAGAUAGCACAACCAGGUUUGGGAGCUGGGAAGCACUUUUGUUUCAAAUGUUUUAACGUACUCAGAUUGUGAAUCUUUUAUGUUUUGGAAAUCUUUGCCAAUUUUUUUAAAAUAAUGAAGUACAAUGGUGGACUUGUAAAAACUUCACAGAAUUUUGUUUCAUUUAUGUCAAGUUGUUGCAGAGAACAGCUGUGCAGUUUUGUAUUUGCAUGCAUGCCCACCUCAUCAGUGAUUGUAUAUACCUCCUCUUCUAAACAGCUGUGCUUACCUCUGUGUUUUGUGCCUUGAUCAAGGCAACCUGGUCCUAAAGGUCCUCUCUAAAGCACAGCUUAAUAAAUUCCACUCCUUAUUUGUCAAUGUAAAUUACUUUUAUUGUUUGUACAUUUUAAUGUGUGUUGUCUUCUUUUUCUUUUUGUGACUAGUUCUUCAUUUCAUAGUUAUGUGCCAUAUCAUUGAUCUGGAAUUAAAAACUGUCAGUGUGGAUUGACA